AGCCAUGCCUGCCCCUAGGGAAGUGGCUAUCGGCAUCGACCUGGGCACCACUUACUCGUGCGUGGGCGUCUUCCAGCACGGCCGGGUGGAGAUCCUUGCCAACGACCAGGGCAACCGCACCACGCCUAGCUACGUGGCCUUCACCGACACCGAGCGGCUGGUGGGCGACGCGGCCAAGAGCCAGGCGGCGCUGAACCCGCACAACACCGUGUUCGACGCAAAGCGGCUGAUCGGGCGCAAGUUCGCGGACGCGACUGUGCAGGCGGACAUGAAGCACUGGCCCUUCCAGGUGGUGAGAGAGGGCGGCAAGCCCAAGGUGCGCGUCUCCCACCGUGGGGAGGACAAGGCCUUCUACCCCGAGGAGAUCUCGGCCAUGGUGCUGAGCAAGAUGAAGGAGACGGCCGAGGAGUACCUGGGCCAGCCGGUGAGGCACGCCGUCAUCACGGUGCCGGCCUACUUCAACGACUCGCAGCGCCAGGCUACCAAGGACGCGGGCGCCAUCGCGGGCCUCAACGUGUUGAGGAUCAUCAACGAGCCCACGGCGGCCGCCAUCGCCUACGGGCUGGACCGGCUUGGCGCCGGAGAGCGCAACGUGCUCAUUUUUGACCUGGGUGGGGGCACCUUCGACGUGUCGGUCCUCACUAUCGACGCUGGUGUCUUUGAAGUGAAGGCUACGGCUGGAGACACCCACCUGGGUGGAGAGGACUUCGACAACCGGCUGGUGAACCACUUCGUGGAGGAAUUCCGGCGGAAGCACGGGAAGGACUUGAUGGGGAACAAGCGGGCCCUGCGCAGGCUACGCACGGCCUGUGAGCGCGCCAAGCGCACCCUAUCCUCCACCACCCAGGCCACCCUGGAGAUUGACUCCCUGUUUGAUGGCUUGGACUUCUACACGUCCAUCACGCGAGCCCGCUUUGAGGAACUGUGCUCAGACCUCUUCCGAAGCACCCUGGAGCCCGUGGAGAAGGCCCUGCGGGAUGCAAAGCUGGACAAGGCCCAGAUCCAGGACAUCGUCCUGGUGGGCGGCUCCACUCGCAUCCCCAGGGUGCAGAAGCUGCUGCAGGACUUCUUCAGCGGCAGGGAGCUGAACAAGAGCAUCAACCCUGAUGAGGCCGUGGCCUAUGGGGCUGCUGUGCAGGCAGCAGUGCUGAUGGGGGACAAGUGUGAGAAAGUGCAGGAUCUCCUGCUGCUGGAUGUAGCACCCUUGUCCCUGGGUCUGGAGACAGCAGGCGGGGUGAUGACCACACUGAUCCAGAGGAAUGCCACCAUUCCCACGAGGCAGACUCAGACCUUCACCACCUACUCAGACAACCAGCCUGGGGUCCUGAUCCAAGUGUUCGAGGGUGAGAGGGCCAUGACCAGGGACAACAACCUGCUGGGGCGCUUUGAGCUCAGUGGCAUCCCUCCCGCCCCACGGGGAGUCCCUCAGAUCGAGGUGACCUUUGAUAUUGAUGCCAAUGGCAUUCUGAGUGUGACAGCCACUGAUAGGAGCACAGGCAAGGCUAACAAGAUCACCAUCACCAAUGAUAAGGGCCGACUGAGCAAGGAGGAGGUGGAGAGGAUGGUGCGUGAGGCUGAGCAGUACAAGGCUGAGGAUGAGGCCCAGAGGGACAGGGUGGCUGCCAAAAACUCUCUAGAGGCCUAUGUUUUCCAUGUGAAGGGAUCCUUGCAAGAGGAAGGCCUUAGGGACAAGAUUUCUGAAGAGGACAGGUGCAGAGUACAAGACAAGUGUCAGGAAGUCCUCGCCUGGCUGGAGCACAACCAGUUGGCAGAGAAGGAGGAGUAUGAGCAUCAGAAGAGGGAGCUGGACCAAAUCUGUCGCCCCAUCUUCUCCAGGCUCUAUGGGGGACCUGGCAUCCCUGGAGGCAGCAGCUGUGGGGCUCAAGCCCGCCAGAGAGCAUCCAGUACUGGCCCUGUCAUUGAGGAAGUGGAUUGAAUGGCUCCUGGUGACAAGUCAGCUGUGACUGUCAGGACUGGCUUGUGGGCCCUCUGAACUGUAUUCUGUAAUACUGCCCUGUAACUUCAGGGGCGGGAGUGGGGAAGAACUCCCCAAACAGGGAGCUUUCUUCUCAGUAUAUUUUAUAACUGAAGUCUUUCGCCUUUGACCUAUUUUUUCCCUUUAAUUCUCUUCUUCCAUUUCAAACAAGCAGGAAUCAUUAAUGUAUCAUUAAUAGUGUGGCAUUUUAAUGUGUGAAAAUUGUUUUCACCUACGCUUUGUGUAUUUUGUUACUCGCAUGUAUGGAUUAUGUCAUUUGAAAUAAAGAUCUAAAUAAAUUUUUAAAAUGCUUUCUUAGUUUUCAUUUCUGCCAAUUAAGUACACAAAGGGGUUGAUCUUUCAGGAGCAGAAAAUGAUAGGGUCAAUGCUGAGGAGGAAUGUGAAGAAAAUAACACAAGGUUGUGUGCAUGAUUUCUAAAUCAGAAACAGGAUAAGGGAAAGAGUUUGAGAUAGACACAUUGAGACAGUAUUGAAGUGUGAGGGUUAGUAGAGAAGAGAGGACUGUGGCUUAUAGUCCAGAAAGACUGGAGUGGAAUUGGAGUUGGAAAAGCAGAGAAUGGAGAGAAACUUGAGUCCUGGCAAGCUAAUUACUUCUAUGUGUGACCCUAAGAUAAAAAGUCUAUCAGGAGCCUAGUUUAGUUCAUAAGUGUAUUUGUUCUAAUAACAUUGACAGAUAGUUUACAUGCUGGUUAAAACCAGAAACCAAACCCGUUGCUGUUGAGUUGAUUCCGACUCAUAGCGACCCUAUAGGACAGGGUAGAACUACCCUGUAGAAUUUCCAAGCAGUACCUGAUAGACUUGAACUGCCCACGUUUUGGUUAGCAGCCGUAGCACUUAACCACUAUGCAACCAGGCUUUCCACAUGCUGGUUGGCUGUCUCAAAUCACGUCACUUUGCACAUUGUUCUUUUAGAGAACAGAGUCCAACUUCAGGACUCUGGGGAAUAGUAUAUUAGAGAGAGUAGGUCUAGUGGUGUGAUUAAGUUUACUAUUGACUUUAUCUAUGGAAGGGAAAUACCAUGGCCCCUCUGGUUUCUGCUGAUGGGGCCUAGGAUGGUAAUAACAACAACAGUAGUAAUAAUACCUACAUGAAAGGCCGUAUAAUGUAAUGGCUAUAUUAGAACCAGAGUACAUGGAUUUUCAGCUCUGCCACUUUAUAUGCUGUGCAAAUUAACUUCCCUGACCUUCAGUUUCCACUUCUAUGUACUUGGGAUGAUGACGCUAAUAGUGCCUACUUCAGGAUUGUUGAGAAGGUUAAGUUGAUAUAUGUAAGAGGCAAAGAAGACUGGUAGACAUGAGUAAACUAUCAACAAAUAUUUGCUAUUAUUAAAUAUUAUGAGUUGAGGUACUUAACAUACAGGAUCUAAUUUCAUCUUCAUAGCAACAUCGUGGGGUAUUACUGCUUUUUGAAGAAGAUGAUUCUGAAGGUCAAAGCGGUUAAACAAUUUACUCAAAACCACACAGCUGUUAAAUAGCUGGGGGUGGAGGUGGACAGGGCUGGCAUUAAGAACUCUGACUGCCUGAUUCUAGAGCCUAUGCACUGUCACCCCACAAAUAGGCCAUAACUCCAGUAAUUUUCAGACCUUCCCCCGCUGCUGUAAAAUUGGACAUAUUCCUUUAAAACAGUUGCUGAGCACUGAGAGGAAAAGUGUACAUUUUAUUGUACAUUUACAUUGUUAAGAGAAUAUUUGUGUGUUUUUGUAGCAAGUGACUAACCCUAGGACAUAUCCUUAGGCUCAGCUUUACUGCCAGUCAGGUGAAUGACAGUAUAACAGCAAGGAUCAAUCUGCAUGAGUUAGUUCCCAGUCAUCUCAGAAAGGAAGGUCAGCUUGGGUAGAGCAAUACUGCAUAAUAUUUAGCUAAGGAGGAUCCUUUGCAGGUGGAGAGAAGGUUGCACUCUCAACCCACUUGCCUCUGAUUGUCACUUCACAUUUUUAACUGCCCUCUUUUUAUGAACCUGGCCCAAGUCCUAUGCUACCUGGCUUCCCAUUGAAGGAACCUGCAACAAAGAGAUAGGGUCACAUGCACACUUUGUAUUACAUUCUUUGUUUUUCCUGAAUUUCCUCCUAACUUCCAACAUUCACCAUCCCAACCUAUCUGCACCUUCCAAGAGGAAUGAUGACA